ACACUGGCGCGUGUGGCAUUUGUUGGACAAAGCACAAGCCUUAGAUCUCUUCGAUACACGACGUGUCGUGCGGCGGUUGUGGUUGUCGGCAGUUUUUCGGUCCAUCAUCCAGUGAACUCAUAAUUGGAAAAUGGGGAAUUGGCUGUCGGGCGGAUCAACAGAGGGCGCUAUAAAUGAACCCGAAGCUGAAGACGAGCCGUGGUGUCUGCAACCGCACCAACUCGAGCUAUGGUACAACGAGAACAUACAACGUGGAACCACUCAGUUCGACACGAAUUGUCGUUUGGCUGUGGAUACGGUCGUAAGAUAUCUCCACGAGGUCUGCUCUACCAAUAAAAACUUGUUUGACAUCUCCGAAGUUAUCAAGGGAGGAUCACUGGGUAAAGGCACCAUGGUCAAAGACCUAUCCGACGUGGAUCUGGUUGCUUUCAUCAAUCCGCCUCACAUGACCUCCCUAGGGUCAAUUGAUCCCCAGGCCUACCGCGACAAGCUCAAUGCCGUAUUCAAGGAGCUGGAGGCGGCGCUGCGACGUACUGAGGAUAUUUCGGUGAGAAUCAACAGGAGCGACGCGUACCUGGUCAACUUUUCCGUGGAGGUUCGUUCGGCUGCGGCUAACCACCCCAGAUGGGUAGAAGUCGAUCUCCUGCCUACGGCCGACAACAUUUCAGGAAUUACCUUGGAUUCGUUGUUCAGGAAGAUGCUGCAAAUGCGCGGCUACGACCGCGGGUUCUACUCGGCCUCCUUGGUAAAAUUCCAGCGGGACUUCGUGAAGUACCAGCCGGUGUACGUCAAGGAGCUGAUCCGCCUGGUCAAGUACUGGGCCUACACCUGCCUGCCCCAAGCCCUCCGUAAGUCCUACCCACUGGAGCUGAUCACCAUUCAUCGCUGGGAGGAAGCCGGGCGCCCCUCUCGUUUCAAGAAGGUCCAGGGUUUGAGAGAUGUCCUUCAGACCUUGACUGAUCUCAGCCGGCUGAGAGCCUACUGGGUGGAGCAUUACGACGAGGCACUGGCAGAGCGGUGGAUUGAGAAACUUGGCUGUUCAAACCCCAUUGUUUUAAAUCCCGCCAAUCCGACCACCAACGUCUGCUGGGUGUACCAGCGGCCCGACAACCGAGAACAGAUCCAGGACGCCGCGGCGGAGAGCCUUUGGUCCGAGCUGCUUCGCCAUGUCGUAGUCACGUCCAACUGGAGCGGUCGGUAUUAGAGAGGGCUCCUCAUCGGGACACUACUUUUCUUCCACAGUGUUUUAUUACAAUGAAUGCUAUUAACACUUUACAAUUUAGAUUGAUGCUCUAUAGGCGAAGCUAUUUGUUAAUUAAAAAAAAAUCGUUGAUUAGUAGAAGAAAACUUCUCAUUCACGACGCAACUUUUCCUCCACAUAACCAUUUCAGCAUGUUUGAAAUCAGGGUUUUGCCAAUUACAAUUUAGAUUGAUAGUAAAUUGUCCGACUUGAUUUGCUGAAUUCUUAGACAAGGCUGUUUAGUAAUGUUUAAUUAAUAAGUGAACGUUGGUGAGAGAGAGCUCCGCAUUCACGACGCAACGUUCUUCCACCUAACCAUUUCGGCAUGUUUGAAAUCAGGGCAUUAACUUUACAAUUUGGAUCGCUCGGAAGUUGUCCAACUUUAUUCUCUACUGUAUUCCGACCUUAUUGAUAUGUUAUAUAUAUUGUGUUCGUACAUCUGUUUAUUUAUCAAAUAAGUGAUCGCAAACGGCGUUAAAUUCUUGGCUGAAUUUUUUUUCAAAUAUCAUUAUCCAUAUAUAUAUAUAUUUCUUUGUGAAAUUUAGUCGUAACUUGCAUGUAAUAGUUUUUUGACACAAAAUAAUUAUUUUUGAGGGGUCUGCAUGAACAAAAAAUAAGAUUAACUAAGUAUUAAAAUAACUGAUGUCAGCAACUGACUUUUUUCUAAAACUAAAUGCGAGAAUAAUGGGUGCAUAAACUAUUUCGGUUAUAUGUUUUCCCUGCAUAAACGUGGGACUUCAUUCGUGUGCUCACAACAAUUUGAACAUGUUUAAAAAAAAAUUCAAUCGUCACAGCAGUUUGUCGAAAAAAAAAGAUUUAUUCUAUAAUAAAAGGUAGGCCUUUCUUUUACGAAGGGCAAACUGA